AUGGAAACAUUGAUUCAAACAAGCACGGUCAAGCAACCUCUAUUAUGUCUUGCAUCGGCAAAAACUGAGGAAAACAUCUCUGCCACCACCCAAGGAGGCAGAUCCAUCUUGACCCUGUCAGAGCAAGAGAAAGUGGAAACCCAGGGUUCUUGA